AUUUCGAGAUUCUUACAGCUGCGGAAUACGGACAAUAAUAAUAAUAACAGGAUAUAAACCAAGAUGUUGAGCAGAAAUACGUUCAACCAGGGCACUCUUUCCUACGUUUUUCACCAGCAUUACAAAGAAGACACCAAAAACAUCAGUAGACUGAUGCGAGAGAAAAUGGAGAGAAGUCAAAAUAUGUAUCAAAUGGACCUGAAGGCUCACUUCGGCUGCGUGAAUGCGAUCGAGUUCUCAAAUGGCGCAGGGGAGUAUAUCGCGUCAGGUGGAGAUGACAAGCGUGUCCUGUUGUGGAAUGUCCAAAGGGCUCUGUCAGCAGGUUAUACCCCUGCUCCCAUGAAGGGAGAACAUCACAGUAACAUUUUCUGCUUGGCAUUUGACAGCAGCAAUAAAAAGAUAUUCUCUGGUGGUAAUGAUCAAGCAGUAAUUGUUCAUGAUGCCCAGAGUGGUGAACUUGUAGAUGUGUUCCUGCACCAGGAGGCAGUGUACGGCCUCUCUGUGGACCCAAGCAAUGACAAUGUAUUUGCCAGUGCCUGUGAUGAUGGCAGAAUACUGUUGUAUGAUAUAAGGGAACCUCCAGAAGCUGAUUCCCUGUGCCUAUGUGACUGUUCCACCCCUAUGCAUGCCGUGAUGCAUAACCCUAUAGACCCCCGGUUAAUAGCCACAGCCAAUUCUAAAGAAGGGAUCGGACUGUGGGAUGUCAGAGUUCCUAAAGAGUGCUUAAUGCAUUAUGGGGGGAAGUGGAGCCAGCAGAGCUGCAUGAGUGUGAGGUUUAACAGCCUCGGAGACCGUCUAACUGCCCUCAGACGGAGGCUUCCACCAGUGCUCUAUGAUGUACGGCAUUCCGCCCCAUUGUGCCAGUUUGAUCAUGUAGGGUAUUACAAUUCUUGUACCAUGAAGAGUUGCUGCUUUGCUGGGGAUCAAGACCAGUAUUUGGUGUCUGGCUCGGAUGAUUUUAGUCUGUACAUUUGGCGAAUACCUGACAAGGGCAGCGAAAGGGUUUGGCUCAGUGAGGCACACUUGGUAUUAAAGGGACACAGGUCAAUUGUCAACCAAGUACGUUUCAAUCCAGAUAACCACCUCCUCAUCUCAUCUGGAGUAGAAAAAGUUAUUAAGGCCUGGAGCCCAUUUCCCAUUGGUAAUGCUCCCAGACGAGAAGAGGACGCAUCUCUGCAAAACUUUGAGGACCGUCUUGUUUACUCCCAUGAGGAGUACAUUAACCUCGUGCUGCAGAGUGGGCAAGUCAUGACUCACGACUACACUAACGAAUCCGUAGAAGAAGACCCACGCAUGAUGGCAUUCUUUGAUUCCCUUGUCCAACGUGAACUCGAGGGCUGGUCAUCGGACAGUAACUCUUCAACUGACUUAGACGCCUUUCAGUCAUUUGUGCAGUCAUCGCACUCCGAGCCCUCUGAACUUGAUGCUGAUGCUGGUGUGGAUGCUGACUCUGAUGAAGAGAGGUUUAGUCCCUUUACUCAAGCUUUUGCUGGGGUAAUAGCGGAAAGUGUGAGGAGAGAAGCAGGCGGAGGAGGAGGAGGAGAAGGGGAGGAUGAAGUAGAAGGGGAACAAAGCAGUAACAGUCAGCAUAGGCUGAAUGAGGCUUUGAAUGAAGCAGGGAGGGAGUUGUUUGCAGAAGAAGCAGUACAGAGGUUGAGGACAGGAAGAAAUCAAGAAAAUGAGGCAGCUUCUCGAAAAAGAACAAUUACGGAACUUAUUGCUGAAAGAAGAAAAGAUUACUGGGCAAAUAUUGUGAAGUAUACAGCUAGUCCAGAGCAGAGUAAUAAACUUGUGAAAAGAAGAAGAAAGAGGAGAUCCAAAUCGGAAUCGAACAUGAGUGAUGCCCUGGGAUUAACCCAAACUGACUCAGACUCUUCUGAAUCUGAAGUUCAACCAUCUUGUGGAAAGAAAAAAAGUACUUUGCAUUUGCCUGAUAGUGACUCAGAUAGUGCUCUUUCGGGGCCCUCGAAUAGAGACAUUGCAUUUAAACAGAGAGAAAUGCCUACAGCUUUAGGUAGGCUGAAAAGACUCCGUGCUAGGGUAUUGUUAAGUGAUUCAGAUUCUGAGACAAGUGAUGGUGAGCAAAAUGGUCCAACAACGACCAGCACACCGGUUCUCAAAAAUGGCAAUUUUAACAUUGGCGAGAAAAACUUGACAAAUGGGGAGAAGUGUGAAAAGAACCAUUUUAGUACUGAUGUAGUACAAGAGAAUUCAGAAGAAAACCAAAGAGCCAUGUUCACGGACAAUGAACAGAAAAUUGAACCCAAGCUUCCCAAUGGUUCGGACUCUACUGCGAUCAGUUCUGUUUUACAGUAUAAUAAUAAUAGCAGUAACAGUAAUGGUGCUGAAAAUGGACUUCUUUGUUCCACUAAUGGAAAUAUCACUGCCUCAUGUAGCACCAGCAGAGAUGAAGACGAUACGUCUUCACAGCCAGUUUGGACUCGAUUUAAAAAAUAUAAGAGUAAGAUGGAAAAAGCACGAAGACAUUAUAGGACUCAGAAAAAAGACACAAAAGCAGUAUCUAGUGAUGAAGACAACAAUGAUCCUUCUACUGAGCAAUAAAAGUUUCUUGUCCAAUGUUUUAUAUUAUUUCAAUCAAGACUACCAGAACGUUGAUAAACUGAAAGCGGGUGAAGUGCAAUUUAUUUAUUUAUUUAUUUAUUUAUUUAUUUAUUUAUUUAUUUAUGCUUAUUUGAAUUUUAGAAUUGAUUGGAAUUAGUAAUAUUUGUUACUAUAACGUGAUAUCCAUUUUAGGAACAUCCAUGUAAAAACAGUUGUCUGCACAAGUGUCUGAACGUGCAAAUAUUUCAUGAAGUUGGUCAUGAAUCUUGACAAAAAACUGCCGUGUAUUUAUAAUGAGCACGCUGCAAAGUUAACAGCUGCAAAGUUAACAAAAAGUUCAACAGAAUGUUAAGCUUAAAAGGUUUUAGAUCAACGACGUUGCUGAGAAAUAUUUUUGUAAUGAUCAGGCUUUUUCCAGUUUAAAUAUGUUAAUGCCUUUGUUAACAUAGGUAGUUGAGUUAAGUGCUUUUAUGGCUUCAAGUUCGUUGUCUAGCUUUAAUUCGGAUCAGUUUUCUAAUCCUUAAUUGGCCAAAAUAACGCGAAUAAAACAACAGACUUUAUUUUGAACAAAUCCUUUACAAGCUGUAUAUCUUUUGUUGUGCUCUAUUGUCUAAGCAUUAAGGAAAAGUAUCAGCUUUUCCAAAAUAUUACAUUGAAUUACAGUAUAUAAGUAACUUUUAUUGAAGAUUUGUUUGAUUCCUAAGCCAGUUAAGGGAAUAAAUUUUAAUGGU